AUGCCUCGACAAGCAUAUGGAUUCAUUGGUAUUGGGGCCAUGGGAUAUUACAUGGCCAAAAACCUAAGGGCCAACCUCUCUGCAGAAGAUACUCUUACGGUGUUCGAUUUAAACAAGGAGGCAAUCUGGAAGUUUAUCAAUGAAGUUGCCCCUGCAAGGGUUGAAGUAGCUAGAAGUGCGCGCGAACUUGUAGAGAAGUCAGACAAUAUAUUCACAGCACUUCCGGAGCCUCAACAUGUUAAGAGCGUCUUCUUGGAAAUUUUUAACACCGGACCUUUGUCCAAACCCCCAACACAGGAUUCUCGUCUCUUGAUCGACACCUCGACCAUCAACGCAAACACUUCUAUCGAAGUAGCCAAUCUUGUCCACAGUAAUGAGGCUGCUCACUUCCUGGAUUCACCAAUGUCUGGUGGUCAGGUCGGCGCCAUGCGCGGCACAUUAGUCUUCAUGGUAGGCGGCGACAAGAAUAUGAUCCCACGAGCCGAAGCCAGUCUUUUAAAGAUGGGCAGGAAAUUCUGGCACAUGGGGCCCCAAGGCAUGGGUUCUAACGGCAAGAUCGCCAAUAACUACGCCACAGCCCUGAACACAAUCGCCGCGGCAGAGAUCUUCAAUGCGGCCAUGAAGUGGGGCAUGAACCCUGAGGCUCUUACAUUCCUGAUGAACACAGCCACUGGUAAAAGCUGGGCAACUGAUUGUAACCAUCCCAUCCCUGGGAUUCUGGACACAGCACCGUCCAGCCGUGACUAUGAUGGCGGAUUUGCACUAAAUCUGAUGCAGAAGGAUUUACGCCUGGCGAUCACUGCUGCGAAGGAGGCUGGUGCUCAGAUGCCUUUGGGUGAUCGUGCGGAGGAGAUUUAUGAUGCCACAGCUGCAAUGGCUCCUAGGACGAAGGACUUUUCCAUUGUUUUCAAGUAUAUCAAUUCACUGUGA